CUUAAGACUUCCCUGUAGGCGGCGCGGGAGGGAAAAGUUUGUAGGGCCGCGCUGGGAGGAUCACCUCCUCUUCCCAAUGUGAGCAGUUUCCCGAACGCUCUUUAGGGGAAGGUUGCCUGGAGAGGUGGUGGACGGGAACAUGAGGCGGCGUCUCCUCUUCCUGACCACUUUGGUGCCUUUCGUCCUGGCACCCCGACCUCCGGAGGAGCCAGGGUCUGGCUCCCACCCGCGACUUGAGAAGCUUGAUUCUUUGCUCUCAGACUACGAUAUCCUCUCUUUAUCUAAUAUCCAGCAGCACUCCAUAAGAAAAAGGGAUCUACAGUCUGCGACACACUUAGAAACACUACUAACUUUUUCAGCUUUGAAAAGGCAUUUUAAAUUAUACCUGACAUCAAGUACUGAACGCUUUGCACAAAACUUCAGAGUUGUGGUGGUGGAUGGAAAAGAAGAAAGCGAGUACAGCGUGAAGUGGCAGGACUUCUUCAGCGGACAUGUGGUUGGUGAGCCUGACUCUAGGGUUCUGGCCCACAUAGGAGAUGAUGAUGUUACAGUAAGAAUCAACACAGAUGGGGCAGAAUAUAACAUAGAGCCACUUUGGAGGUUUGUUAAUGAUACUAAAGAUAAAAGAAUGUUAGUUUAUAAGUCUGAAGAUAUCAAGGAUGUUUCACGUUUGCAAUCUCCAAAAGUGUGUGGUUAUUUAAAAGCGGAUAGUGAAGAGUUGCUUCCAGAAGGGCUCAUAGACAGAGAGCCACCUGAAGAGUUUGUUCGUCGAGUGAAGAGACGGGCUGAACCUAACCCCUUGAAGAAUACUUGUAAGUUACUGGUGGUAGCAGAUCAUCGAUUCUAUAAAUACAUGGGCCGAGGAGAAGAGAGCACCACUACAAAUUACUUAAUCGAGCUAAUUGACCGUGUUGAUGACAUAUACCGGAACACUUCAUGGGAUAAUGCAGGAUUUAAAGGUUAUGGAAUACAGAUAGAACAGAUUCGAAUUCUCAAGUCUCCACAAGAAGUAAAACCUGGUGAAAGACACUUCAAUAUGGCAAAAAGUUACCCAAAUGAAGAAAAAGAUGCUUGGGAUGUGAAGAUGUUGCUAGAGCAAUUUAGCUUUGAUAUAGCUGAAGAAGCAUCUAAAGUCUGCCUGGCGCAUCUUUUCACAUACCAAGAUUUUGAUAUGGGAACUCUUGGAUUAGCUUAUGUUGGUUCUCCCAGAGCAAACAGUCAUGGAGGGGUUUGCCCAAAAGCUUAUUUCAGCCCAGGUGGGAAGAAAAACAUCUAUUUGAAUAGUGGUCUGACGAGUACAAAAAAUUAUGGUAAAACCAUCCUUACAAAGGAAGCUGACUUGGUUACAACUCAUGAAUUGGGACACAAUUUUGGAGCAGAACAUGAUCCUGAUGGGCUAGCAGAAUGUGCCCCAAAUGAGGACCAGGGAGGAAAGUACGUCAUGUAUCCCAUAGCUGUGAGUGGUGACCACGAGAACAAUAAGAUGUUUUCAAACUGCAGUAAGCAGUCCAUCUACAAGACCAUAGAAAGUAAGGCUCAAGAGUGCUUCCAGGAGCGCAGCAACAAGGUGUGUGGCAACUCCAGGGUGGAUGAAGGAGAAGAGUGCGAUCCAGGCAUCAUGUACCUGAACAACGACACGUGCUGCAAUAGCGACUGCACGCUGAAGCCAGGUGUGCAGUGCAGUGAUAGGAACAGUCCUUGCUGUAAAAAUUGUCAGUUUGAGACGGCUCAGAAGAAGUGCCAGGAGGCUAUUAAUGCUACUUGCAAAGGAGUAUCUUACUGCACAGGGAAUAGCAGUGAGUGCCCCCCACCAGGAGAUGCUGAGGAUGACACUGUGUGCUUGGACCUUGGCAAGUGUAAGGCUGGGAAGUGCAUCCCCUUCUGCAAGAGAGAGCAGGAGCUAGAGUCCUGCGCGUGCAUUGACACUGACAACUCGUGUAAGGUGUGCUGCAGGAACCUUUCUGGCCCAUGUGUACCCUACGUCGAUGCAGAGCAAAAGAACUUAUUUUUGAGGAAAGGGAAGCCCUGUACAGUAGGGUUUUGUGACAUGAAUGGAAAAUGUGAAAAACGAGUACAGGAUGUAAUUGAGCGAUUUUGGGAUUUCAUUGACCAGCUGAGCAUCAACACUUUCGGAAAGUUUUUGGCAGACAACAUUGUUGGGUCCGUCCUGGUUUUCUCGUUGAUAUUUUGGAUUCCUUUCAGCAUUCUUGUCCACUGUGUGGAUAAGAAACUGGACAAGCAGUAUGAAUCCCUGUCUGUGUUUCACCACAGUAACAUCGAGAUGUUGAGCAGCAUGGAUUCAGCGUCUGUUCGCAUUAUCAAACCCUUUCCUGCACCCCAGACUCCAGGUCGUCUGCAGCCUCUGCAGCCGGCUGCCAUGAUGCCACCAGUGUCUGCAGCGCCAAAACUGGACCACCAGAGGAUGGACACCAUCCAGGAAGACCCCAGCACUGACUCACAUGUGGACGAUGAUGGCUUUGAGAAGGACCCCUUCCCCAACAGCACUGCAGCUGCCAAGUCCUUUGAGGAUCUCACAGACCACCCAGUCACCAGGAGUGAAAAGGCAGCCUCUUUCAAGCUGCAGCGUCAGAGCCGAGUUGACAGCAAAGAGACAGAGUGCUAGUGGGAGCCUUGGCCUGCUCUAGGACCUACACCUGCAGAUGUUCUAUAGAGCUGACCUAAAUCAAAGCAUAUAUUGUGAUGAUCUGAGAAACAGGGAAACAGCUUAGUAGAUGCUGCUCAUGUCACAUGACCAUCACAUGGCAUCCUGUGUAGGUGGGCCCUUUGAAGAAGUGAGGGAGAUCUGGCUUGUAUUUAAGGCUUUCAGGUUUUGGGUUUUUCUUUUAUAAUCUAAAAUCUCCUUCAACCUGUGGUACAAAAGCAGAAAAGAACUUGAUCCAGCCUCAAGUCUGCAGUCUGUCUUUCUGUAUACUGUAAUAGUCCCGACUACAGUGAAGCAGUUAGCAGUGAGGAUAACUGGAACAAAGACUUUUUUUUUUUCUUCUUCUUCAAAUGUGGCCCGUCCUGGCACUGAACUCAAGAUGGAGAUAUGGAUGGAGAGUCCUGUCCACACAUAGGAUCAUACUAAGAGUAGUCCUUUCCAGGAUGAUGAAGACUAACUUCUGGCACAGACUACAGUAACAGCAAUAUGAACUUCAUGAUGGCCAGUAACUAGGCGGUUUCUCUGUUUUACAGAAGUGUCUUCACAGUCCUUAACAAAAAUUGGGCUGGAGAGCUGGCUCCAUAGUUACAAACACCCGGUUCCAUUCCCAGCACCCAUAUGGUGGCUUUUAACUCUGUAACUCCGGUCCCAGGGGAGAUGUCCUUUUCUGACCUCCAUGGCACCAGGCAUGCAGUGGUGCACAAACAUGCAGGUAAAACACAUGUAUAAAAUAAAAAAGCCAAGUGCUGUAAGAAAUUUCAAUAUCCACAAAGCCUGUACUGCUUCAAAAUACGAGCUUGAGUAGAUGAGCAGAUGCUCUUACCAGACCCGCUCUGACUAGGCUAGGUGGGCUAAGCUGGCCAGGAAGAACUAUCUUCAGACUCAACAAGAGAACUCUCACAUGGCCUCUGGCUUCAAUGCUUCAGGACCCUGGGUGCUCUGUACUUUAUGAGGCAUAAAAAUACCAUUAGCCUGAAUUCUGAUUUCUAUAAGUUUCAGUUCUGAAAGCUUUUUUUUUCCCCCUAAGAAUUGAAAUGUGCUCACCAGCCAACAUAUUUUAACCAAGAUAACUUAUAAACUCCGAGGACAGUUAGCCGAACCUGUGCCUUGUCUCUCCUGAGGACAUUUGUUACACUAAUACUUGAACAUGUACCUUGUGGUAUUUGCUCUUUUAACUAGUCAUGACAGCCUUAUAUUUUAGUUACACUUUGAGGAUUUGCUAUAAGGUGAGUGGGGCGUGUGGGUGUAUGUAUGAAUGAAACAGUCUUGGCAGAAUAUAAAAAUUGUUUUUUAUAAAAUUGUGACUUUAUAAACCAAGAUUUUUUUUUUUUGCCAUGCACAGGAUUAACAAGUUGCUCAGGGUAUAUUCUGUAGUUGUGGCAUUGAUGAUACCUGCUUCAGUCAAUAAAUACUGAAUGUCAAAA